AUGCGAGUGCACCCCUGUCCCAGUUUCGUGGAAGGACAACCUGGAGGUAACCUGCCGUCGGGCGAGCAAGAAGAAGAUGCCCUCGACUACCCUCUGAACGGUGACAACGGUGGUAACGAUGGGGAAUCGCCACCGGGGCAGCUCGAGGACGGCGGCGGGUCGGAGGAAAGCGAAGGUGGCGCACCGGGGGUGGGGGGGAUCAAGGAGGAGCCAGCCGUCGGCAACCAGGGCGACGGGGAUGGCGCCCCCUCCGAAGAUAUCGAAGAAGUAGACGGCGGAUAUCCUGACAGAUCCAACAAGUGGAUGCACCCCUAUCUCCUCACCUACUGCCUUAUCGGAAGGCCAAGCAGCAGCGAGGACCCUGACCUUAGGACCGCGCGGAAAACGUCCGGGCCGAAGGGUCGCGCAGGGAAGCAGAAGGCGCAGAAAGAGUCGCCCAGCACCAGCGACGGAAGCGGGUCGGAGACAAGCGGUGCGUACACCGAGGUAGGAUUGUCGUCGAGCGCUAUUCGGACGUUCGCAGGGGCCGACGAAAUUCAGAGCCGUGCGCAGGUGAAGAACGAGCACACAGCUGUGGCGGCGGCGAACGCGCAAGAGCAGGCGCGCCGCGUCCAGCAGGCCCAUACAGGCAAGCUGGUGACGGCUGUGGAAGCUUUGUCGGCAGCCGUUGUGUCGAGGCAGGCUUUGGACGAAGACGCCGCCCACAAGCUCGCUGGGAUUACGCUCGCUUGGCCAAAAAAGCUAAAAUCGACGACCUCAGGGGGAAGUUGGAGUUUACACUGGAAGGGCCAAGGGCGAUAGCACUUCGAGCCUCUAUGUCGGCCUUGUAUGACAUGGAUGACGCCGACUUCAUGCCCAAACCCAUCUCGGCCCCGACGCCACCCGCUGCAGGAGGUGCCCCCAGUACAUCCGCGACUGCGUCGGUGUCAUCUGCCCUGCCUGCGUCUAUUUCGACAUCGCCUGCUGCUUCAACACCCGCGUCUGCGGUCGGGCUAGUGACCCUCCCUACGUCCGUGUUUUCAUCGCCUGCUACGUCAACGCCCACUUCCAGUGUCCGAGACGUUGCCCCCAUCGUUUUGGGCGCAACACGGUCCAGGACAAGGGCUAAUGCCCUCCCGGGAUUUGCCGGGGCGCGGAAGAGGGGUGUUGGUCAUGAGAGAGAGGAAGAAAGGAGAAUUUUAAGCACGAAUCCCCUGAGAGGAGACAUUGCAUAUUUUUUUGGCAUUGUGUUUUGCGAGCUGGUGUGCGUACGUUUUUUCAGUUUUCGCAAUGUUUUGCUGUGUAGGGUGUAGAGGUCACCCCCCCCUCUCCCCCCCGUCCCAGUCCCCGGCACCCACGUUUGUUUUUUGUUGUGUACCAUCCGACCUGUCUUACCUUUGGCCGUGUGUUCUACCUUUGAAACCUCUUUCAUUAGUAGACUAUGUAGCUUGCUUGUUUGUUCUUGUUCGCACGGGCUACGGCAGCAGCAGCAAUGUUUUUCCUUGUCACCCCUCGUCCCCGUUCCCUGUGACCACAUUUGUUUGUUGUGUGCCCGUGGCCGCUCUUGUAGACUAUGUAGCCUGCUUGUUUUGUUUUUUUCGCACGGGCUACGGCAGAAGAAGGAAUGUUUUUCCUUGCCACCCCUCGUCCCCGUUCCCUGUACCGUGUGCCCACAUUUUUUUGUUGUGUACCAUCCGACCUGUCUUAUCCUUGGCCUGUUUUUUCUUGUGGCCUGUUCUUUUUUUUUUGCGUACGGGCUGCAGCAGCAAAUGUCUCCGCUUCCGGUUCAAUGUUGCUGUUUUGUUUUGUCCCACCGUCAAGCUGGGGGCAAACGAUUGUACAAUACAUGUCAGGAUAGAAUCUCUCAUGUCGCUUUCGACAAACCAACCUGCCAAGUCAACGACGUGGACCCACGGUAGACUUACUUGGGCAUGUGCAGCGUGAUACCGUUGGUCAACAAAAGACAUUUAGGAGUUGUCGAAACCCAGACCGUCGUUGGGAGUGCAAUAGAGAAAGAGAUAAUGAAUCAUUCUUCACGCGAAGGUUGCAGACUGUUCCAAUUGAGAACAAGAUCCAGUCCAAUUUGGUCGACGACCUACAUCUCAUGCCUCCAGGGACAUGCGAAGAGAACCCGAUGUGUACUUCGAAGUAUGUCUACAAAAAAAGACGUCCGCACAGGGGGGGG